UGAGCAGAGCCACAGGCCCAUGGCCCUGCCAUCCGUCCACAAGUGCCUCCAACUCAGUGAUGAAAAUGAACAGUUAGUCAAGAAAUUGAAAAAACUCCACAUAAAAAAUAAGGAGUUAGAAAAGAAUCUGGGCCAGAUCCAAGAAAAGGGGUACCUGCAGCAGUUCGUGCGUGACUGUGUCACAAGCAGAGAUGUUCAAGUUCAAACAGAACCUCCUUUAUGGCAUAAGGGUGGAUACAGCAAGGAUCUUGUUCUAAAGGGUGGUGGUGUCAGACUACUUCAGAUGUAUAAUGAGCUCCAGAAACGUUACAUUGAAGAAAUCAGGGCAAACCAGGAGCAAAGUGAAGCAAUUAAAAAUCUAACUAUUAAAAUUAAGGACCUAGAGCAUAAUCUACGAGUGCAGAGACAAAGAAUUGAGCAACUGGAACGUAAAAAGGCUCCUUGGAAAAGUGCUGCUGCUUCUGGGAAAGGAAGACGAAGCCCAGAGGGAGAAGCAACAUCUCACAGGGACAUUCCUAUCAAGAAGGAGCCCUGCUCCAGUGAAUAUUUAGAGAUCUUGUUGAAGGAGAUACAAAAGCUGAAGAAAGCAAAUGAAAAGUUGUCUGCAGAAAGGCGAGCACUGAAAAAUGAAUUGGCUGCAUUAGACAAGGAUUUUUUUGAAGAGGUAGAAGACUUAAAGCACGCCGUGCAGGAGUCCAUGAAGCUGAAUAAUCAGUAUGAAAAGUGCUUGAAACGAAUCACUGCAGCGUAUGGGCUGCCUUUUACAGCACAUCUCUGACUGCUGAGUCAUUCAAUGGCAAGUAGAUUUUCCACAUUUUUAAAUCCUCAUUGCAACACUUAAACCUACCAUGGCUUCUGUGCUGCCUCACGUUGGUAAUAUUAUGGAUGCAAAAGUAUGAUCCCAGUAUGACAAGCUGCUCUGAAACGGUUUUGUACUUUCUGCUUUUGAUUUUUGUUUAUAUGGCUUGAAAAUAAAGUGUGGC